AUGCGUGUUCCACUACCCCUCUUUGUUCUGGGGCUCUUGGUGGGCCUAACCGCUGCCUCCCCUCUUGCCUUCAAAGAUGCGGACAACCUGGUUCGAAAAAGCUGGUCAGCAAAACGGGCAGACGCAGACGAUAUGGUGCGCAACAGUUGGUCUCAGUAA